AUGGUUCUGGGGGUCAUGUGGGAUGGACAGAAACUAAGAACCUCUAAUUUGGGAGGCCUGGGAAAGCUGAAAAUGUCUGCAGCGUGUGGCGAGUUUGCCGAACACGUGUGGAAACCGGGCUCCUGUAAGAACUGCUUCCAGCCUCGUAGUGCCCACGGACAGGGCAUAGCUGGCACCCCCAGCACCAGGGCCAGCGUGGUGGCAGAGGAAGAGGAUGGUCUAACCUUCACCUCGCCCUACUCUAAACCCACAAUCGCUGUCAGACCCACCAUGAUGAGCACAGACAACUCAGAGACCACAGUAGACAUCAACAUGAACACGGAGCAGGAUAAACAGAAGAGUUCUAUGGACAGUCUGGGGCUGAGGAAGAUGCUUGAUCAGGCACCUCUCUAUAUUGACAGUACCAACUGUAGAAAGCCCCUGCUACAGAAUGGUGGAAUCCCAGGAAAACUAGAUUAUUCCAGUAGGUUUUCUCCAAAUGCUAAUUCCUCUCCUGGCUUCCCCAAGGACUCCAUGAUUAUCAGCAGCAUUUUUAUCACAGAGGAAGAUGGACGAGACCCUAAUAACCUAAAGGAGAAUGGGAACAGCGACCCUUUUAGGCAGCAGGCUGCCAAAUCGGUCAAGAACACUUACAUGAGUAAUGGAGGGGAGUCCCUCCACUGUAACCAUGCCAAUAGCCCCGCCCAGCGGAACUUGUCCUCAGGUAGCUGCAACAGCUACGGUGAGGCUGUGAACUUAGGGUCUUCUGGGCAGGAAAUGCAAGCUCCUCUAGGGAUCGCCAUCAAUGUAAUCACAGCCGUUCCCGGGAAUGGGGUUAACUCUGCUGCCCAGGAGCCUUCAAGCACUUCCCCCUCUCCUGCCAUGACACCAGACUCUAACCAUGCCAGCCUGUCUGACUCCUGCUCAUACUGCAGCAGUGUUGACUCGCUGACGGGACCAGAUGUUUUUGCCCCAACCUCUGGACCUGAGAGCCCACGGAAUCCUUCAAAUACAGCAGGUUCCGACAAUGGUCACGUCCGGAGGUCUAACACAGAACCUAUUUAUGCUGAGAGCACCAAACGAAAGCAAAGGAUGCAAUGCGAUGGGAAACCCCAGCAGAGGUCCAAACUGGAUGUAGCGGUUAACAGUGGAAGCGAGGGUCAAAAGGCGACCAUCACAGUCAUGGCAGCUCACACAGAAGAGAAUAACCGGACAUUCUACCUGAGUAGCCCGGAUUCAGCUGUCAGCACGGAGUGGCCCCACUUCAGCCCUACCACAAACCCUGCCUUCUCCUGGCCCUCCACUCCUGUUUCCAUGGAGAUCACCUCCCCUGCUCCCAGCCAGUCACCCAAACCCCAGUCAAGCCCCCCCAUCCCCCCAAAGAGGAGCACUCGCUCCCCAAAACUGGGCACCUCCAGCCUUUCCCCAGUGCCUCUUCCUGAACUCUCCAUCCAUACAUCCCUGUCUCCCAGAGAAACAACAAUAAAAUGUUCCCAGGUUGAUGUCCACACCUCUGGUACCUCAGCUUCCCACCUUGAGAGGAGACACAAACUGCAUAGCACUGGCUGGAGCAUGGAGGGCCGUAUUGAGGAAGAGGAGGAGGGUGAACGAGACUCUGAGGAGAGAAUCCCCCAGGAAGGAGGCUCACAAAAUGGGUCUCAAGGGCCGAUCAAUGGAUCUGCUGUCUGGAGGAGGUCCAAAGACCGGAGCUCUGGGACUCAGGGUGAGAGUAACGCAACGCCAGGCACCACCAACAAUGGUGCCAGUCAGAAUCAGAGGGGCAUCCAUGCGGAGGAGGGCAGACAGAGCAACAGUAUGCUGGCCAGUGCAACGAAUCCUGUUCCUGUUGCCCAUGCAACAGAGAUACCAGCUACAAGGAUAGCAAGCAGGGAUCCAAUACCUCCGCCGCCUCCACCCAAAAAACACCACAGGGUGUGUGGUAAAAUGAGUCAGAGCAAUGUGGAGCUGGAUCGUCUCAGUCAGCAGGGUUCUGUGGAGAAUCUGACCCAGUCGCUGCGUGGCCUCAGUAAUUUCACCACCACUUCCUCAGACAGCCUUCACUCUGAACCCGGGCCCCAGGAUUCCGCCCUUCACUCUUGCCCGUCCCCCUUUCCAAGCAGCCCUUUAACCCCCUCUCCUGGGUCACCCCAACCUGACCCGUUUCCUAGCAACAGUCUGGGGCGCCAGCUACAGCCUCCUCCAUUACCGGAAAAGAAGAUGGUGAACCGAACCGUCUCCGCCCCCGGCGAGGUGGUGGUGCGGGGUCGCCCGCGUCUCCCUUUCAGCGGCUCAGAGGGGAACGUGUGUCGUCCAGACAGCAUCCCCCAAACUCCGUCCAGUCCCGUGGAGGCUCGUCCUUGCUACUCUUCCAACGACUCUCUGGAGCGCUGCCAACCCCCCUUCAACCGAACCAUCCGCUCCCGGACCCUGGAGGAGCCCCAGGUCAAAGGCACCGGUCGUCUCGGGGGUCACAGUCGGGGUAGCUUGACCUCAUGUUCAUCUCCGCAGCUGAGCGCCCCUUCCUCAGGCCUGGUGCCCACCCCAGUCUCAGGUACAGGCUCCACCCUACAGCUGCAGACCCUGCUCAGUAACAUUGACAGCCGUGAGGGCAUCUACUCGAAACUGGGAGGCCUUUAUGCAGAGUCCCUCCGCAGGCUGGCUCUGAAAUGCGAGGACCAUUUUACCCGUAGUCAGAAGAACCCACUCCAAUUUGAUGAGAGCAGCUGGUCCCUUUUCAAACUUACCUGCAACAAACCCACCUGCCUGUCAGGAGACGCUGUAUACUACUCAGCAUCCUGUGCCUCGGAUACCAACAACAUGUAUGCGGUCAAGAUCUGUAAGAGCCAGACUCCAGACGCUAAGCAGGCACAUCUGUACGGUCUGUCAGUCCAACAGAGUAUACCUCCACACUUUAACAUCCAGCAAGACUGUGGCCACUUCAUUGCCUGUGUUCCUCAAAGCAUGCUGCCCAAUGAGGAGCCUUCAGCCGGGGCCCCGGGCUCCUCGGGGGGGCCUGCACCUCCAGCACAGGGCGAACAGGAGCGAGUGGUGGUCAUUACCCGUGAAGUCCCGCAUCAGAGUGCAGCAGAUUUUGUGAAGGAGUGGGCAUCCUUCCAUCAAGCCCACCCAGAGGUGUAUGAACGACGCGUCUGCUUCCUCCUCCUGCAGCUGUGUAACGGACUGGAGCACCUCAAAUCUCAUGGGGUCACUCACCGUAACCUCUGCCUUGAGAAUUUGCUCCUGGUACCUCACCGACGCAGCCCACUAAACACAGAUGACACUCAACAGCAGCACCUUCCACGUCUACUCAUCAGCAACUUCGCUAAAGCCAAGCAGCGAGGUGACCAAGACACCUCGUCGGCCAACGCGGACCCACGGCUCAAACGUGACCACGCUCGCCUGGCCCCAGAGAUAGUCUCGGCGGCACAGUACCGUAAAUUCGAUGAGUUCCAGGCUGGGAUUCUCAUCUACGAGCUCCUCCAUCAGCCCAACCCAUUUGAGGUGAGCCCAGCUCUGAAGGAGCAGGAUUACCGUAGUGAGGACCUCCCUGCCAUUCCAGCUGUGUCCCUCUACUCCUCAGGCCUCCAAAGGCUGGCUAGGCUCCUGCUCCAACCAGACCCCAUCAAACGUAUCCAUAUUCAUGAUGCCAAACGGGCUCUUCAUUGCCUUCUCUGGGGCCCCCGUAAGGACCUGAUGGAACAACAGUGGGGUUCUGGAAGAGUAGGAGGACCAGAGGGGCUUAGGCACGAAGGUUUGCUGAACUGGUUGGAUGUGAAAAGGGCUUUGCUGAUGAUGAAAUUUGCUGAGCGUUCUUUAGAGCCAGAGAGAAAUGCAGAAUUAGAGGACUGGCUGUGCUGUCAGUAUUUCUCAAUGGCUCACCCGCUGUCUCUCUGCCAUACGGCAGAACUGCUGUACUCACUUAAAACCACCACACACUGAGAAGAGA